AUGGAUUCUUCCAGCAACACCGAGAAAAGCAUCGACAUGAACAUCGCCGGGGGCAAGAUCAGCAAUCAACCUUCCCCCAAUGUCCCAUGGAGUAUUGUGAGAUUUUCUGGUGUCAUUCUUGGUUCCACAAAGCUUCUCAUUCAGCAGCCCUACUCGUCCAGUUGCAUUCACAAUUUGUCAUGUUCAGCUUCAAGAGUGUCUAGUUAUAGCCUUCUUGAUGCGCUUUCCCACGUUCUCUGCCUUUCCACUUCGACCCCUGCCACUAUUCAAACUAUCGUCGCGACCCUACACAACCUUCUCGUCGUUGGAGGCAAGCGGGAUAUCAUCUUAGCUCUUGUCGACACCCUUAAAACCCUCUAUGGUAUCUCGCUUUACCCAUUCAACCGUGCCACCAUGGUUGAAUUGGGUGCAGUUCCUGCCCUCUUCUCGCUUGUGGUGAAGGACGGUUGGAUUGGGGUUAUUGAGGAUGCUACAACGAUUUAG